UCCCGCUGGGGCUCCUCCCACCUCCGCAUCCCGCAUCCCCCCCCCACACCCGGAUUGGCGCGGGUCCCUGAUCCCGGUCCCGCCGCCAUGAACCCGCUGUUCGGUCCCAACCUGUUCCUGCUGCCUCCGGAGCAGCAGGGGCCGCCGGUGCCCGCGGAGCCUCCGGGACCUGAGCCACCGGCGCCCGCGGGUCCCUUCCCGGCGCCGCCCGCCGCCAUGGCCCUGCGCAACGACCUGGGCUCCAACAUCAGCGUCCUCAAGACGCUCAACCUGCGGUUCCGCUGCUUCCUGGCCAAGGUGCACGAGCUGGAGCGGCGCAACCGGCAGCUGGAGAAGCAGCUGCAGCAGGCGCUGGAGGACGGGGCGGGCGGGCGGGGACGGGGACCCCCGCGCCGCGACCAGGCGGUGCAGACCGGCUUCGUCGCCCCCAUCCGCACCCUGGGGCUCGGCUUGGGGCUGGGGCUGAGCCCGAGCCGGGCGCUGGGCUCCCCGUCCCAGCCGUCUCCUUCCUUCCCCGCCGCUUCCCGCUUCGCUCCCGGCACCAUCUGGUCCUUCUCGCAAGCCCGGCGGCUCGGGCCGGGGCCGGAGACCACCCUGGUGCAGGGGCCGGGGGUCUCCUGGGUGCACCCCGACGGCGUGGGGGUGCAGAUCGACACCAUCACCCCCGAGAUCCGCGCCCUCUACAACGUCCUGGCCAAGGUGAAGAGGGAGCGCGACGAGUACAAGCGCAGAUGGGAAGAGGAGUACACGGUGCGUGUCCAGCUUCAGGACCAGGUGACUGAACUGCAGGAGGAAGCCCAGGAAGCUGAAGCCUGCCAGGAGGAGCUGGCCAUGAAGGUGGAGCAGCUCAAGGCUGAGCUUGUUGUCUUCAAGGGACUGAUGAGCAAUAACAUCACGGAGCUGGACACCAAGAUCCAGGAGAAGGCCAUGAAGGUGGACAUGGACAUCUGCCGACGCAUUGACAUCACUGCCAAGCUGUGUGAUGUGGCGCAGCAGCGAAACUGCGAGGACAUGAUCAAGAUGUUUCAGUCUCUGCACUUGUCUCCCGUUAAGGUCCCAGCCUCGGUGGGGCGGAAGCGGGAGCGGAAGCAGGUCAGCGAUGAAGACACCUCACUGUCGGAGAGCGAUGCCUCUCGAAAACCUGAAGAGGAAGAGGAGGAUGAGACCACGGCCAUGAGUAUCAAUGAGGAAAUGCAGAGGAUGCUGAACCAGCUGAGGGAGUAUGACUUUGAGGAUGACUGUGACAGCCUCACGUGGGAGGAGACGGAAGAAACACUGCUCCUCUGGGAAGACUUCUCUGGAUACGCCAUUGCAGCCGCAGAGGUGCAGGGGGAGCAGGAUGACAGCCUGGAGAAGGUGAUCAAGGACACAGAGUCACUGUUCAAGAGCCGUGAGAAGGAAUACCAGGAAACCAUCGACCAAAUAGAGCUGGAGCUGGCCACGGCAAAGAACGACAUGAAUCGGCACCUGCACGAGUACAUGGAAAUGUGCAGCAUGAAGCGAGGCUUGGACGUGCAGAUGGAGACUUGCCGACGGCUCAUCACCCAGUCUGGGGACAGAAAGUCUCCUGCCUUCACCCCAGCCUCCAACAGUGAGUCGGCCCCAAACGAGGAGAGCGAGGAGUCUGACCGUGACCCCCCUAGUGACGCUUCCAUCAGAUAAUGAGGGGAGGCUGUGCUCCCUCGGAACCCCUUCCUGGCAUAGGGGUGCCUGAGCCACGCCUGGGAAAGACUGUCAGAGACGUGGAGUCGCUGGUAAAUGUCUGUCAUCCAGGCUCACUCCUGUUUAGGGGUGCUUGGCAGAUCCCACCCCCCCCUGCCACCGGACACCUUGCAAAUGGGAAUAGCUAGAUAGACUUGAGGGCCCUCACCUGGGCUGCUCAGCCUCCAGCCCCUUCUCUAUUCCCUUCCCUGCUUUGGUUAAACCACGGGUCAGGCAGGGAGGCUCCAAACCUGCCAUGGCAGCGUUCUCCAGGACCUGUCCCCAGACCCAUCUCCUCUGGCCUCCGGCCUGGUACGCUUGACCUGCCUCCUGCCCUCCCUAUGCCACAUGGAGCCGAAUGAGAGCCGUACCUCCCUGCAAACUGGACCUGACACUGGUGCCAACUGGACCGAGUCCGGAACUGUCUCCGUCCUUGCUGCUGGCUGGGCGCCUGGCAGCCCGAGCACCCCCAACUCCUCUAGGGUGAGGACCGAGUCCUGCUCACUGUGCACUUUGCUUUGCCGCACGUCAGUGGCGCGCUCGCGUCUGUGUUCCGAGGGUGAGGGAUCAUUAAAUGGGACAGUUGCCUUUUCUACAGCUUUGCCAGGUGUGGGCUCUCCCUGCGCUGCCGCGGACACUGCACAGCUCAAUGCAGGGGGUUGUCCUCCACUGCACUCCCAACCCCACGUCAGUGGGGGCCUCUCAUGUGACACUCUCGCCCCUUGGAUGUGCCAUAUGGGGCUGGCAGAUGGGAUGUGGCAAGAUGCCUGUUCUGGGAGGCACUGGUCUUUGACAGACUGUGUGUAGCUGCGUGGUCUGCCUUAUUCUUAACCUUGGAGCAUCAUUAAUGCUGAGGCUGAGAGAUUGGAAACGUCUCAUCAUUGGAAAACAGAGCUGAAUGUGACUCGCACCUUGCAGACCUUCCUCUCUGAGAGCCUGGUUUCCUCUGCCACAUCAGGUUUUUACGAGGCCAUCCCAGAGCACUUUCUUGCCUGCCCCCAGUCCCACAUCCGACCUUGCCGUAACUGCCGUGGGCAUUGCCUUGACCCACCAUCUCUUGUAGCAUUUCCCUGGGUGGCCACCACACAUGCCUCUGUAGUGACAGGUUGCCGGGGCCCCACAGGGUGGCAGGAGGGGGUGAGCAGCCUGCUGAGAAGCAGUGUUUUGCAGGGCCGUCUGCUGAGCGAUGGACCCAGGCUGCACAGCCAAGGCAGGUGAAGCUCCAGAGAAAAACGCUUCUCACAAAAGUUACGGAAAGGAGGAGAAAGUAGAUGGCAGUAGAGUUUUUGGAUCAUCUCUAACGUUAGGUAAGGUAGAUGAAAUGGGGCCUGGGGGCUUCUCUCUGUAGGUUUGGCUUGGGUAGCUAACGCUGUUGUGCAUUUGAGCUAUGCGCACUGGUGCAUCCACACAAUGCAAUGCAGAGGGUCGGCGUUUGGGCAAGGCGUCCUGUGCCUGUGGGACGUGUUAAGGCAUGUGUUGGCAUUUCAGUGUAGGAGGUGAAGCCCUGCAAAGAGCAGCAGAAGUUAGCAACAGAGGAAACCUCCAGGCCAGGGUGCAGCUGGGGCAUUGUUGCUGGCGCAGGGAAACUGCAGUUUGUGAGCCAAUGGUCUGGUCUAGCUGGGCUCCGUCUUGCGAGUGCCACCUUUGCCUCUCACGAGGAAGCUGGGAGAGUGUUUGACGGGAGGCAGAAAGCGGGGUUGUGCCUCGGUGCCUGCCUGGAGACAGGGCCUUCACCGUGGCCUUACCUCCUUGCCUGACUGUUUCUUUCCCUCUUCCCUUAUUUAUUAUUCUUCCUAAAAGAGCUGAAGCCAAAGGAAAUACUUUACUCUGGGCUUUUUCUUUCUAGUCAUCGUGCCUCACACACAGUAGCUUAAGGAUCGCUUUCUAUCCUGCCUGGAGGUUCUUCUGCUUAAUGCAAAUCCCCUUUCCCAUACAUUUCUUGGCAGCAUUUUCUGCCCUUUCUGUGCUGCGGAGAUCUCUGUGAGCACCCAGCUAAGUCUGGCUUCCCCCACGUGUGGUCGAUGACACGUGUAUCUUGGCCUCUUGGUACUGCUUAGGAAACCCACAGGACUGUAGAGCAUAUAGGCUGAGAAAUUCUAAGCAUGAAGCACAGAAGGACCAACGUCUCUGCCUUGAUCAGUUGUUGCCCAGAGAAGCAGCUGGUGCUGCCAGACCAGGGCACGUGGGGACCCCAGUCCUACACUGCUUGUCAGAACUUAAUUUGCAGUGAAACUGAGAUUUCCCUUACCCAGGAGUGCAAGAUGCUGUUCUCUCUGAAGAGAACAGUCUCCAUUCCUCAGCUGGUGUGAUAGCCCAUGAGCAGGACACACAACACCAAUCUUUUGCCUCAGCAAUUUCUCAGCACGAGAGGUGCAGCCCAAGACCUCCAGUGGCAGCCAAACCAUCUCCCCUGCAUCUGCUGAUCCAUCAGUGGUGACCCCACAUCUUUGAUGAUGGAUAUGAGGAGAUGUGGACCUUCCAUUUAUUUAACUUUUCUCUGUGGGCUAUCCCCCAUUCCUUGGGGAUUAUCUAUCCUGCUUUUCCACAAUGAGCCCUGCUGGGAACUGUUGUGUCUAGGAACUGUUCAGUGCUGUGUUGCUUGUUGCUUCCCUAAUCUCAUCCCUUUCCCAGGACACCAGGCAGCAGCUGCUCCAGAAGCAAUACUAAAAGAAAUUGUCUAGCAAAGACACAGAUCUUGGCUGCUUGAUCUUUUGAACACCCGCUGGGCUGUGUUCAUCUCUCAGGGAAUUAUCAUGUAUCUCACUUGCCCCAGCCCAUUCAAAAAUCUCUGUUUGGCCUAAACUUUCCCAAAGUCUUGGUUGCAGGGGCAGCUUGGCUCUGAAUGGAGGGGGGGCUUUUCCUGUUCUUGAAGAGAUGAUGAGUUGAGGAAAGGAACUUUGGAAGAACAGGUCAGUUACUCUUUCUAGCUGACCAUGCUAACCAUGUGAGCAUGUUGCAGCUGAGGCUGGUGUGGUCCUCAGUGCACUAGAGCAUACCUUGGCAUGUUCUGUCUUGCUUGGUGUCCGUGGGAAUGUUUUAUUUCUUAAGUACAGUCCAAACACAGGUAUGUCUUAUGGAAUGGGGUAUCAAGGCAAGAUGCAUCUGGGCAGUCCCUCUGUCAGCAUCCAUCUCGGGACUCUUCAGAUGUGGCUGCUCUCUGGUCACCUGCACGAACUUCUGUCUAAGACCAUCCUCUUAAGAUCGUAUCUCUCUGGAUUGGACCUCAGUGAGGUCCUCCCAUUGAAUAUACAGGCAGGCUGGUUUAGCUUCCCCACCAAGUCCAUCUUGGUGGAGAUUUACUUGGUCAGUCUGAGAACAUGCUACUGAUAAGCUCUGGCUUCCCACUCCCCAGCAUUUGGACUGUUGUGUCUAGGUGAGGCCAGGCACAACUUUUAUAUCAGCUGUGGGAGUGGCACAAAGCCCCUCCCUUGCAGUAAGAGACAUGAAUGGGUCCAGUUGUCAGCAUCCUGCCUCCAUGAGGUGCUGAAGGACACGAGCAGCCUUUGAGCUGGGGUGAGCGAGGUUCUCCCUGCUCCCUGUGCUGACAUAAGCCACCUGGCAAGGGUCUGCAGCAGAUGGUGCCAAGCAUUUUGCAUAAGUGAGCCCUGACUCCCUGCUGGCUGCAUUUCUGAUCUCGUGGCAUGCAGAGUGGCCUCCCCUGCCCCUUCCACGGUGAAGCUCCCUAGGACUCAUGUGAAAGAUGAGUGCUCAUCCUCAGACCCUAUCUGCCAAGAUAACUCUAUCCUAGGCCCACUGAACUUCUUGAUGAAGACUACCAGAUUUUCCCACAGAGAGGAUAGGGAGCAUCACCAUCCUUGCACCUCACUACAUGGAUGUGGGAUGUUCUUACUGGCUCUAGAAGAGAGUUCGGUACACCUAACUACUGAAUAGCCCAGAUAUUCCUCCUGUGUUAAGCAAUCCCACUUUCUUCCUUUACUUCUCCCGGGUUUGCAUCUGUUUAUUGCUUUCUCAAGUACCUGUGGCACAGAGUGUUCCAGAACUUGUGUGUAGUGAUCAAGUAUGUUAAAUAUUCUGGUUAUGGGUCAGAAACCUCCUUUCUAGAGGAGAGGUCAGAAUUAAUGCAGAACACAGUGGAGUGCUGUCUUCUUCGGGAUGCACCUGGAUGAUGCACGGACAGGCUCCUCCAAACAUCUUGCAAGCCCCUACGCAUGGUAAUUCAUGCCAAGAGUGAUAGUAAGACAGCAUAGAGAACUGGAUGGGCUCCAGGCAGCUUUCGGGAAGCCCAGUCACCACUGAAAAUUUUCCACUGGAUGUAUGAGACUGUGAGAAGCGUUUUAGAUGUGAUGUUUCUAAAUGUUUGGGCCGGUUUCUCUUGGGACGGGAGUGUAGGAUGCCGUACGUCCUCUGGCAGAGGGCGGUAUAGAUCUCAUAGCUCUUACAGCUGCUCCCCAAGCUGAGAAGGUACUAAGGCAGGACUGUAGAAGAGGAGCUCAUGGGGUCACUAAAAGACGUCACGAUCAACUUGAACCAAUACCACAACAGAUGGGAAGAGGCAGCAUUUUCACCUUCCACGGCAGACCAUGUCUGGGCAAGCUGCAAGAGAAAACAGAAGUUCUUAGGGUAGGAAGAAAUGUGUAAUUGACAUUUUUAAUGUCCAUGGCCACAUUGUAGGACUGCUAGCUCACCAUGUUGGUAAAGGUGAAAUAGGCAAGAGCAAUCGUGAAUUGAGGUUGCAAGCUGUGCUAAAAAAUCACAUUCACUUUAAAACUAAGAGCAAAACAACAUGAUCUAAGACACAGUUUUGUCAAGGGUCUUUUGUAUACUCCUGAAUCACCAAACAAAAGACAGUGAUUUAUUUCUUAACUACCUCUGUUUUGUGUGAAAAUGAAAAUUAAUGUUGUCAUGGGAGGCUUUGGCUGGGGAUACUGAAGAGUGUGCUGUGCCGUGGAGAGUUUCUCAUCAACUUACAAGUGAUGGCAUGCCCAAGUAAGGCAAUGAUUUCAGAUGUCCCUAUGACAGAUAAAGACUGGGUUAGGAUUCAUGCUUGCUUCUAAAGACUUGAUCAACUGAGAAAAAUCAAGGUAUCAACCAGGACAAAAGUGUUGUAACGGAGAAGCACAUGGUGUUAUAUAGCCUUUUCUUACAGUGAUGUUGUUUAGGGGAAGUGUUAAAAAAGUAUGAUUAAGUGGGAGAUGUGGGAAAACUCUCUUAUAUCCAAAGUUAUUAAAAAAGCUGUGAUUUAGUGAGAAGAUAGCUUUCAGUUAACUGCUUCCUUGAGUAAGUGGCCAUGUGACAACAGUACUUAGAAAUAAGAAGAACUAAUAAAAAUAAUAAUAAAGCCUAACCUUAAUUAAUAGCAAUAAAUCUUGUAAACAACUACAGUGACUGUGGGUGGGAGAAGACAAUUAGAGGGACAACAAAAUAAUUCAGCUGUAUAAAAAAGGUCUUCGGUUACUCACGUCACGUCAAGAAAAAGAUAACCGUAGAUGGAUGUCUACGGACACUAACAAGUUGUUGUAGUUAUAUUUAAAGAAAAAAUCAAUCCUAGCAGUAAUAUAAACCUUUUAUUGACUGAAACUGGAAAAAAAAACCCAUCUAAAUGAUGCAAA